GAUGUGAAGGAGCCUCUAGGCGGAAAUGAGGCUGUCCCGGGCGGAUGUGAGGCGAGCGCGCGCCGCGACCUUUGAAGGGAAGAGGAAGUGUUCGGCGUCUCGCGGCCCGAGGAAGGGUUGGCGAGGUGGGGGCGCGGCCGGGACCGCCGGGUCGCAGGGUCGCAGGGCCUGGAGUCACAGGCAGUGGCCACUUCCGAGGCGGCGGCCGGGCGCGGGGAGGGGUCGGCGACGGCCCCCGUCAUCUCGACUCCUCUGGCGACUCACCCGCAGAGGGAGCACGAUGUCCGCCGAGGUUCCGGAGGCGGCGUCCGCCGAGGAGCAGAAGGAAAUGGAAGAUAAAGUGACCAGUCCAGAGAAAGCGGAAGAAGCAAAACUAAAAGCAAGAUAUCCUCACCUGGGACAGAAGCCUGGAGGUUCUGAUUUUCUAAGGAAACGAUUGCAGAAAGGGCAAAAAUAUUUUGAUUCUGGGGAUUACAACAUGGCUAAGGCAAAGAUGAAGAACAAGCAACUGCCUACUGCAACCCCGGAUAAGACCGAGGUCACUGGUGACCACAUUCCCACUCCACAGGACCUUCCUCAGCGGAAACCAUCCCUUGUCACAAGCAAGCUGGCUGGCUGAUUAAAAGAGCUAAACUGCAUGGAUCUUCUAAUUCCCUUUGUUCCUCCUUAUCUGUUACUUACCCACUUUAUACUUUCUUUCAUUCACUAAGUCAUUUGAAACUGACAGCUUUGGAGGUAGCGGUAGGGCAUAGACUGUGUAGAAGUUCUGAGUAGUUUACCAGUGCACUGACCAGGAGGACACAUUGAGCAACACAAGUCAUCUACUUGAAAAUGGCUGUACAUAUCACCUAACCCCUAGUGUAGAGCUGGUUCCAACAAGUAACAAGCAAGUUCUACAAGUCUGUUUUUGCUUCUCCUUCCUUCACCUUAGUGCUAGCUUGUAUGUAAGUUCCAUUUAACAUAACCUGUAUUGUAUGAUUUCUUCUGAAUUUUCCUUUUGGAUUUUGUAAAACAAGUUUAAGAUUACAGGUUAGAAGAAAGGUCACAUAAUCAAACACGAAGAGGUGGGAACCCUGUAAGAUUGGCGUGAACUUGAAUGGCCUCAAACCUGUUUCAGCUUUACCAAUGGCAUUUCACUUGGGCAAUAUUUGCCCUUCCGGUGUGACUUCUGUGACUUCAGUGCUUACCAGCUGCCACUGAAGCCCGCAUUCUUCUCAGUUCUGUAGCGUCGGAACACUUUCCUUGUAAGAUGUGAAUGAAGUAUGCAUGUGCAUCGACUGUUGAAUUCACUUUUGUGCCAUUUUUGUAAAUAUAAUAGUUUUGCACAACCUUUCACAAAUGUCUGCAUUAAUUUCACCUAUGAGAAAGUAUAUAAUGUGCCAACCUGAAGCACAAAAGUUCCUACACAAAACUCUGUCAUUACAACUUUUGUGUAAUAAGAGCAGUUUGCAAGCUUGGGUUUAUAGAAUACCAAGUGGAAGUCUUUGCUCAGUCUGCUAUAGAAUUAAGCUUCAUUUGUUCCUCACAUCUGUUACAUUCAGUGGCCUUGUGCAGAUACGAUAUGUGGCUUAGGCAUAUCUUUGUCCUAUGCAGAACAUUUCCUUUUGACUUUUAUGAAAGUUGUAAUUCAUAUGAUUUACAUAAAUUUUUAAAAUGUAGCUACUUUUUACUUCCAUACCUCCUUUGGGGACACAACAUAAAAGGCUUUCAUACUCUGCCCUGCAUCCCUGCCCCACCCUGGCUUUUUCCUUUUUUCUCUGCUUCUCUGACUCACGGUAUUGGCUGUUGAGUACAUCUGAAAGCACCAGUGUCUCUAUUCUUACUCUCUAAACUUGCUGUGCUAAACACUGUUUUGUAACACAAUAAUAGUCUUUUCCUUCUAAUUUCUCAGUUGUUAAUUGAUCACUCAAUCCUGUGUUAUUUACUAACAUUUGACAGUAGUUUAAAUAAAUGGAACUUUAUAGUGAAACAGACAUGAGAAGACUGGCCCAGGGAUCUUUGUCAGGAUGAACUGGAUUCUGGUAAAUGAUUUGAAGGACUUAUGAUGAGCUUAGAGGAAUGUGACAAUUAGAGCAACUCACAUGAUAGGGAAAACUUGUAUUAAAAGUAUCCAGAUGUUAGUGUUACAGGUGCCACUUUAAUAAAUAUCAAUUUCAUUUUA